AUGGUUCGGCACAAGAAAGAUGGCUUCUCAUCGCGAGGAAAGAAAUUUAAUAAUGGCCCACGGUCGCGAGGUCCUCCUAGGGGCAAUGGCGAGGAUGAAGACAACCCCGCAUCGGCCUCGCGCCCCUCCUUCAAAGCAGCAUGUUGGGACCUGGGUCAUUGCGAUCCGAAAAGAUGCUCCGGGAAGAAAUUAAUGAAGCUCGGUCUCAUGCGCGACCUUCAUGUUGGGCAGAAACAUUCUGGCGUCAUCAUCAGUCCCAAUGCGAAGCAAACCAUAUCCCCCGCCGAUCGAGAACUGAUGGAGCAAUACGGAGCUGCUGUGGUAGAAUGUUCUUGGGCUCGCGUCAAAGAGGUUCCAUGGGCAAAGAUUGGAGGGAAAUGUGAGAGAUUAUUGCCAUACUUGGUUGCUGCAAACAGCGUGAAUUAUGGGAAGCCGUGGAGGCUGAAUUGCGUCGAGGCACUGGGAGCAGCAUUCUAUAUCUGUGGGCAUGCAGAUUGGGCAGAGGAGGUCCUGUCACAUUUCUCAUACGGCCCCGCGUUUCUCGAAAUCAAUUCCUCAAUUUUACGGCGAUAUGCGGCAUGUACAGAUGAGGCAGACAUCAAGAAAUGCGAAGAGGCGUGGAUGGCAAGGCUAGAAAAGGAAUAUACCGACAGUAGAGCAAAUGGAGAAGACGGUGAGGAAACAGAUAUGUGGAAGGGGGGCAAUACAAACCACCGCGCAGCAGCGGAGAGCUCUGAUGAGGACGACGACGAAGAUGGAGAUGAAAAUGACGAUGACGACGAGGUAGAUGGUAUAUAUCUUGGCACAAGACCGAAACUAGUACCCGAUGAUACUACACCAGAAAAAGAUCCGAUGGAUAUAACGGACGACGAGGACGAUGAAGAGGAGAUGGCAGAACUGCGGCGCCGAGUUCUUGCAUCGAAACCGUUCUCAAAUCCGAAAGCCAGUGAGAAACCAGCUUUGGAAAAAGUCCCACGUCCAGUACCCCUCAAGGAGGAUUCAGAUGCUGAGACUGAUUCUGAUAACGGCGAAGAUGACGAAUUCGAUAACAUCAUCAAUGCAACACCGGUUACAGAUAAUAUUGGCAUUCAAGCUAAACAGAAGGCUAAAACAUCAGAGCCAAUUGCAAGUGCUGUCUUUUCUAGGACUGUUGUCGAUGCUCCCAAAAAGUGGUAA